AUGUUGUUCUCUAAGUUCUUUGUUGCUUUGUGCAUUUCUCCUGUCUUUGGCAACUUCUUGCCGAAUGACUACGUCACCGACCUCAUUGCGCGACAAGCCCCUGGAGAAAGUCGCACUAUCAUCGACGGCGAUCCGUGGCUGGAGAGGCUUGUGAAGGCCGUGGCUACUCUCCAUAGACGUCAGGAUGUGCCAGAUUACCCGUACGUCAAGGAACUGAAAAAGGCUCUCCAGGAAAGCCAUAAAGUCGAUAACCAGUGGCCGCCAGUUGGAGAAGUCGAUCCUAUUCCAUCAUCCACUGAGUGCAAGCUAGGCUGCAGUGGAACGUGCAAUCCUGCCGCAACCUAUACACGUCUGGUUCUCCGGACUAUCUCUGAAGUCAAUGUCACUGGAUUUCCGCAUGUUGAUGAGAUCUUCGAAAAUCCAAAUGACGACCCUCUGGACAUUGAGGUCAAAAAGGGAACUGCAGUGACAAAGGGGAAUACAAAGGGUUGGAGCAUUGGGUUAGGUCUUAGUGGGGGCUUGGGCCCUGCGUCUGCCGAAUUAUCGGGCCAAAUUUCCCAGUUGACGGAAGAGACCUCUACCGAAACCCGCGAAGUCAGCUGGAAGGGCAAGUGCCCCCCGCACACGGAAUGCCGAGUCACAACCGUGACAUUUACGAUCACUGUCACGGGCAUGUGCGACGAGUCGCCUUACGUCUACUGCUUGACUGGACGUCCGCAGAAGAGAAAUAUGUGUGGGGAGGGCAAAGAACACUUCCUCACCUGUCUCUGCGAUGCACAGAAGGGAUUGAUUCAGCGCCAAUGCCCAAAAGACCCCCAACUAAAACCCUGCGAAAUUACCUUCCCACUCAGGAAACCAGACGGCAAGCUUCGCACUGUGCAAUUCCUAAGCCAAACGCCUAUCUCUAAAUAA